UGUUUCAAAAUAGUAAACAAGCUGGAAAAACGGCACACACACACACACACGCUGGUUAAAACUGGGGCAGCUGCAGGAUAUGUGAUAUAAUGUUCAUAAGUUACAGCAGCAUGGGGGGAACCAAAAAGGGGCCCAACAACAUCCCCAGCUCCUGAUUGGCUACUCAUUAGCACACCAUCGUGGUCUCAAAAUGGAAGAAAACAGAUUCUUAUAAUUCUGAAGCCUGUUGACGAAUGUGCAACACCAAACCUAUUUACUUGAAUGCAGAAAAGGACAAUGAAUCUUCGGUUUUCCAACAGUUUAAAGUUUGCUCAAAUGGAACAUUUCGGAUCCAGCCCACCGCUCUGUCCAGUCCCCAGCAUCCCCCUACACAUUGAGGUGACUCUGCUGUGGCUUCCCAUUGAUGUGUAGGGGGUGGAGUCAGGAGCAUGUGAUCAGCCUCACUGUGUGGGUCCAAGGUGAAGAUGUUAGCCAGGAGCUUCUCUAUGAUGUGUGGAUCCAGACAGAAGUGCUCCACCUGAGGACGUCUCAGUCCAUUCUGCUGCUUCUGUCUGCUCCUUCACCAACUCCCGACCGGCAAGGAGCUUGUGUUUUCUAUUGCAUUUGUUAGUUAGUUAGCAUUUUCAUGCAAAAAAGCUGCACCACUGAUUUUGAUAAGAUUUUGUGGAGGGGUGGGGAGUGUCACACGCAAGAACACGCAGUCUCCCAGAGGCCGAACAUGGGCGUCCUCUGGAAGGCCUCCCUGCAAAGAGUCCUGCACCACCUGCAGCAGGCUGGAGGCUGGCUGCAGGGACCAAAGCUUGUGCUUCCGGGACUCUUUAUCCAUACACAUCGAAUCUGCAAAGCAUUUCUCUGCACAGAGCAUUUAGAUAAGUGAUUGGAUGACUGUAAUAUCUUAAAAACAAAAGUGAUGCUGAAAAGGACUUUUUUUAAUUGACCAUCUUGUGUUACUUAGAUCACAUUUUGGAUUCAAAAAUAUAUAUUAGUUUGUUUCUCUUCUUUUUCACAGUCAAGUUAUGUGUACAGAUCACCAUCUAUAGUUCCUUCCUAAUUAGUUCUCUUGCUUGCUCUUUGUGGGAACAUUCUCUGUGACUCAUUUCAAUGUGGGAGAUUAUUUGACUGAAGUGGGGUGUGACUUGCCUAGAGGAGUUCCAGAGCAGCAGCCAUCAGAGCCCAGAGCUAGAGCCAUCGACUUUAUAGACGUCCUGUACGAAGCUGCUGGCACCGACCUAUAAAUCCCCAUGAAGCCGCAGCCUGCGAAGGAGACGCUCCACUCUCUUCUAUGCAAACAUCUUCUCAGGUGGACCCCUGUUUACUGAAGAAACAGACUCCUCUUAAGGUCAACCUUUCACUGGGUGCGCCUCUUUCCUAUAGGCUGCAAGAGGUCACAUGACGAGAGCGCCUCAAGAUACGGUAGUAAUCAACUUUUGUGGGUCUCCAAGGGUUUCUCAGUUGAGUUGCAACCGUUUGCAGAGAACUUUGCUCGUAGUUUGUUGAAAAUGAGUAUUCCCGUAGUGGACUUCGGUGCAUGCAGCCUGGAUGAGCGAGGUGUGCAGAACGAGCAGCUGCAGGGUUUGGCCAACGAGCUGAAAGCUGCUUUUACAGAAGUUGGAUUUGUGUUCCUGAGGAACACCGGGAUCACGGACGAGGAGGUGCAACGUGUUAUGCGAGUAUCCAGGGAUUUCUUCCUGCAGCCGGAUGAGGUGAAGAGGCCCUUCAGCAGGAAAACCUUCGCCAACAAUCCCAACCACGGCUGGGUGUCUCUGGAGGCUGAGAGGUUGAAUCCACGUCGACCUGGGGACCUGAAGGAGGCAUUCAAUACAGCCUCACUCCACCCUGACAUAAAAUGGCCAGACGCUGUGGCGGACUUCCAGGAGAUCCAGACGUCUUUCUUCCAGCGCUGCAAGGAGCUGAGCCUGCGGGUGAUGAGGGUGAUGGCCCAUGGUCUAGGUCUGGACCAAGAGGUGUUCCUGGGUGCACACAGCUUAAUAGGAACUGAUGAGAACGGCACGACGCUGCGGUCUCUGUACUACCCACCAGUGGACAGUGGGAAAGCCAAGGAGGGUCAGCUGCGGUGUGGAGAGCAUUCUGACUACGGCACCAUCACACUGUUGUUUCAGAGCUCUGAGGGUCUGCAGGUCCGUAAACGUUCAGGGGAAUUCAUCUGUGCUCCCUGUGUCCCUGGAGCCGUCCUCGUCAACAUCGCUGACCUGAUGCAGCGCUGGACCAGCGACCAGUUCGUCUCUGUGCUCCACAGAGUUUUACUGCCCCCUGCUGGAGACUCCAGCACACGUCAGUCCCUGGCUUUCUUCGUCCAGCCUGACGAUGAGGCUGUGAUCUCCUGCUGCGACGGUUCCAACAAAUAUCCUCCAGUUCAGGCAGGAGAAUACCUCAAUGAGCGUUUCAAUAACUCGUAUGGGCAACGCUAAACAACCCUCCAUGAAUUCUGUGUUUUUAAUUCAUGUGGUAGGAAGUAACAUUUAAUAAUGUUGAAUAUUUCACCUCGCAUCCCAUGUUUCGACAUUUCUGGUUGUGUGUGUGUGU